AUGCCGACAGCUAGCUAUUGGGCUAGCAGCAAAAUCAGUAGUAGUAGCAGCAUCAGUAGUAGCAGCAUCAGUAGCAGCAUCAGUAGCAGCAUCAGUAUCAGCAGCAUCAGUAGUAGCAGCAUCAAUAGUAACAGCAUCACUAGCAGCAGCAUCAGUAGCAGCAGCAUCAGUAGCAGCAUCAAUAGUAGCAGCAUCAGUAGCAGCAGCAUCAGUAGCAGCAGCAUCAAUAGUAGCAGCAUCAGUAGCAGCAGCAUCAGUAGUAGUAGCAGCAGCAUCAGUAGCAGCAUCAGUAGCAGCAGCAUCAGUUGCAGAAGCAUCAGUACUAGCAGCAUCAGUAGUAGCAGCAUCAGUAGCAUUAUCAGUAGCAGCAGCAUCAGUAUCAGCAGCAUCAGUAGCAGCAGCAUCAGUAUCAGCAGCAUCAGUAGCAGCAGCAUCAGUAGCAUUAUCAGUAGUAGCAGCAUCAGUAGCAGCAGCAUCAGUAGCAUUAUCAGUAUCAGCAGCAUCAGUACUAGCAUUAUCAGUACUAGCAGCAUCAGUACUAGCAGCAUCAGUAGUAGCAGCAUCAGUACUAGCAGCAUCAGUAGUAGAAGCAUCAGUAGUAGCAGCAUCAGUACUAGCAGCAUCAGUAGUAGCAGCAUCAGUACUAGCAGCAUCAGUAGCAGCAGCAUCAGUAGUAGCAGCAUCAGUAGUAGCAGCAUCAGUACUGGCAGCAUCAGUAGUAGCAGCAUCAGUAGUAGCAGCAUCAGUAGUAGUAGCAUCAGUAGCAGCAGCACCAGUAGUAGCAGCAUCAGUAGUAGUAGCAUCAGUAGUAGCAUCAUCAGUCAUAGCAUUAUCAGUAGCAGCAGCAUCAGUAGCAGCAGCAUCAGUAUCAGCAGCAUCAGUAGCAGCAGCAUUAGUAUCAGCAGCAUCAGUAGCAGCAGCAUCAGUAGCAUUAUCAAUAGUAGCAGCAUCAGUAACAGCAGCAUCAUUAGCAUUAUCAGUAUCAGCAGCAUCAGUACUAGCAUUAUCAGUACUAUCAGCAUCAGUAGUAGCACCAUCAGUAGUAGCAGCAUCAGUACUAGCAGCAUCAGUAGUAGCAGCAUCAGUUUUAGCACGAUCAGUACCAGCAGCAUCAGUAGUAGCAGCAUCAGUAGUAGCAGCAUCAGUACUAGCAGCAUCAGUAGCAGCAGCAUCAGUAGUAGCAUCAUUAGUAGUAGCAGCAUCAGUAGUAGCAGCAUCAUUACUAGCAGCAUCAGUAGUAGCAGCAUCAGUACAAGCAGCAUCAGUAGUAGUAGCAUCAGUAGCAGCAGCAUCAGUAGUAGCAGCAUCAGUACUAGCAGCAUCAGUAGUAGCAGCAUCAGUAGUAGUAGCAUCAGUACUGGCAGCAUCAGUAUCAGCAGCAUCAGGACUAGCAGCAUCAGUAUCAGCAGCAUCAGUAGUAGCAGCAUCAGUAGCAGCAUCAGUAGUAGCAUCAGUAGCAGCAUCAGUAGCAGCAGCAUCGGUAGCAGCAUCAGUAGCAGCAGCAUCAGUAGCAGCAUCAGUAGUAACAGCAUCAGUAGCAGCAUCAGUAGCAGCAUCAGUAGCAGCAGCAGCAGUAGCAGCAUCAGUAGCAGCAUCAGUAGCAGCAGCAUCAGUAGCAGCAUCAGUAGCAGCAUCAGUAGCAGCAGCAUCAGUAGCAGCAUCAGUAGCAGCAGCAUCAGUAGCAGCAUCAGUAGCAUCAGUAGCAGCAGCAUCAGUAGCAGCAUCAGUAGCAGCAGCAUCAGUAGCAGCAGCAUCAGUAGCAGCAGCAUCAGUAGCAGCAUCAGUAGCAGCAUCAGUAGCAGCAUCAGUAGCAGCAGUUCCGCCUGGCCUUGGAGCUGGUGUUACAGUAAAACUGAUCCCUCUCAGGUAUCUCUUCCGCCACACCUAUCAACCUAUCACGGUCUCCUUUACGUGUUACAUCUUAGCUGA